AGUGAGGGAGCGGGUGCUGCAAGCCGCCAGGCUGCACACGCACACGCACACGGAUGCACACGGACCUCGACACCGACAUGGACACGGACACAGAAACCACAGCACUCUGCCCCGCCAGCAGCCACCAGGCCUCCCCGCCAGGGACGCCCACACCAGAAGCAGAUGCUACACUGCUGAAGAAGCCAGAGAAACUGUUGGCAGGGUUGGACUGGGGCGGGCCACCCCCUGCCCCGGGGGCCCCCAGACGAAGAGGAAGUAUGCCUGUCCCCUACAAGCACCAGCUGCGGCGGGCCCAGGCUGUAGAUGAACUUGACUGGCCACCUCAAGCCUCAUCCUCUGGCUCCUCUGACUCCCUGGGCUCAGGGGAGGCAGCCCCCACCCAAAAGGAUGGCAUAUUCAAGGUCAUGCUGGUGGGGGAGAGCGGCGUGGGCAAGAGCACCCUAGCAGGCACUUUCGGUGGUCUCCAGGGAGACAGUGCUCACGAGCUGGAGAACCCAGAGGACACCUAUGAGAGACGCAUCAUGGUGGAUAAGGAGGAAGUGACUCUAGUUGUUUAUGACAUCUGGGAACAGGGGGAUGCAGGGGGGUGGCUGCAGGACCACUGCCUUCAGACGGGGGAUGCCUUUCUCAUCGUCUUCUCGGUCACCGAUCGACAAACCUUCUCCAAAGUUCCAGAGACCCUACUACGGCUCAGGGUUGGGAGGCCCCAACAUGACCUGCCUGUCAUCCUCGUUGGAAACAAGAGUGACCUGGCUCGCUCCCGGGAGGUCUCACUGGAGGAGGGCCGCCAUCUGGCAGGGACACUGAGCUGCAAGCACAUCGAGACGUCGGCCGCGCUGCACCACAACACGCGGGAGCUCUUCGAGGGAGCGGUGCGCCAGAUCCGGCUGCGGCGGGGCCCGAACCGCGCUGGGGGCCCGCAGCCCGAGUGGGGCAGGCCCGAGGGCCCCGCGCCGCCCACGCGCCGCGAGAGCCUCACCAAGAAGGCCAAGCGCUUCCUUGCCAACCUGGUGCCGCGCAACACCAAGUUCUUCAAGCAGCGCUCCAGGUCGUGUCACGACCUCUCCGUUCUCUGAGCCGCGGUCGCUAUGGUCACCGCGGUCGCCAUGGUCACCGCGGUCGCCAUGGUCACCGCGGUCGCCAUGGUCACCGCGCCCUCCGCUCGCCCGCUCGCCCCCUCGCCCCGCCCCGCCCCCGUCCGGCUUCCUCUGUGAAGACAGUCUAGGAAACCAGAAACUCCCGGGACGCCCCGGUGUGACUACGGGAGCCGGGCCCCCCGCCCCCGGACCCCGGCAGGCGUCGCCCCACCCGCUCCGCGCGCUCUCCGGUUACCUCCCGGCCUCGGGGCUCCUGGAAGGCGAGGACGCUGACCCGCGGGGGUCGUGCAGCGGCUGUUGGGCGGGGCGGCUUCCGGCGGGCGGGGAGGAAAGUAGUUCUGCGAGGUAUUUUGUUUUUUUGUUAAUUCACGCUUGACCACCUCUCCCGUAAAGAGAUGCUAAAAGCAAGAGCUGGAAAAGUGCUUUGUAAACUCCUUUACAGUUUUCCACCUUUGUACUCAGCGCGAAUAUGCCUCAACUUUAAGAGAUCCUUAAAGGUAAAGACACGGAGCCGCUUCUUUGAGACUUUCCUAAAGCGUCCUGGCUCUGAUCCGCUACACUUGUGCACUUUGCCUUUAAGAAGUUCUUAAAGGCAAGGGCCUGGAAGCGCUGUUCUUCUGAAUUGAUUGUGAUUUACCACAGCACUUCCCCUUUAAGGUUAUUAAGGGGAAGGUGUGCAGAGACUUGCCUGAAGAGCUGAGCGGUGGCAACCCGCCUUUAGCCAGGUCCCAGGAG